CUUCUCUCCGAAGCCGUGUCUGCAAAGGGCCCCGACACGAAAGGAAACGUGGAGAGAGCCCCUCGGCGGAGCCCCAGUCCCGACGACGAAGCCUUGCUUUUGAGGCAGAAGCACAAAUUGCUACACGUCCGAGAGAGAGGAGACCUGCCCCUGCGGAGAAGACAGGACCUCCGGCAGUGGAAGAGCUGGCUGCCCCGGCGCUUGGCCGAGGAGCUGAAGGCAGAGCAGCAGAAGGCCCCAGACCAGCGAGUCCGAGGCCUGGAGAGGCUGUACUUAGCACAUCUGUUGGGGGGGGCGGUGGCGGGCAGACUGGCCGAGGACCAUGAACCUGACUCAGAGGGCUCGACCCAGCGAGGAGCCGCCGGGUCGCCCAGGGCCGAGGGGAAGCACACAAUGGCCGUGCGGCAAGAGAAGGGACACAGGGAAGAGCUGGUCCGACGGCAGCCCUGGUGCACCACGUCCCGGAGAAUAGCGGUGACCCAGGAGAGGCAGGGAGCCUCCAGAACCACGGGCCUGAGUCCUCGCCCCCUGAGCCCAGCAGAGAGGAGUAAAGGAAAACACGCGCCUUCAGCGAAGACUGGCGGGGGCCACCGUCCGUUGACCCUGGGCUGAGAAGAGGGACAGAACUUGGGAAAGCUCUUGGCUGCUGUAGGGGAGAUCAAAUGCCUGGAGGAAUGGGAGACAGAAACAGCCCAGGACAGCAGGAGGCAGCUGGGGAAGCGAACGGCUUGUCUUCAAGGCCCGAAAAACCACUGUUUGGAUCAGAGCCCCGAGGGCAAAGCCGACGACCUGGAACAGCUGUGGCCAGUCGGCUCGACCUGCAGAAGGGGGGCCUGACCGCUGGCAAAGCUCUGUGACAAGAGCAGGUGGCAGGGAGAGCUGGAGUUUGCCUCUGAAGGGUUGUUCGAUACCAACCGGAAGCUGAAAAAACACCUGAACUUGCACCUGGAUCUCAAGCCCGGGAUGGAUCAGAGCCCCAGUGAAGAACAGGGCUUUGAGGAGACGCAGGCAUGGAGAAGGGAGAGCCAGAGAAAGAGGAAUGGAAGAGAUGCAGAGAUGGACAUGGUGCCCACCGGGGAGCCCGCGAGUCCAGCGGGGGUGGACGCCCACCUGACGCCGUCCAGAACCAGCUUGAAAAAGUUACCAAGCAAGCUCAAGAACCAAAAAUCCCAUAGGAUGGCCAAGUGCGUGGUUAAGAAUGACAGUAAACCGUGGUCUCCCGAGGCAGGGACGUCUGUCGAUGAAGAGAACCUGCUCUCGUGCAGCCCUGAAUCCAGACAGGAGCCGCCCCAGCCGGACGCGCUGGCGCAGGGCUCCCUUCAGCUUCACCCGCAAGAACAGGCAGACAGAGGUGGCUUGACGGCAUCAAGGCAGAAGCAGGAAAUGCAGGUAGAGCAGAGAAGACCAAAGCAGCUGGACUCACUCAAGCAAAUCAGACACCCCAAGAUGAGCUUGGAGGCUGACCUCCAGACGGAGCUGGAAGAUGGGAGGAGGGCACAGAGGCCAGCUUCUCUGGCUCGUCGGAAGCCUGACUCCCCUCCAGACCAGGAGAAGAAAGGAGGGUAUGACCACAGCCCCACUUCCCCCUCGGCCAGCAUCGUCGGCGAUGACAGGCACAGUCAGAUGAUCCGUGACCUUCAACAGCAAAUUCUAGAGCAAAACAAGUUACACAAGCAGUUUCUUGAAGAAACCAGGAAACGCUUGUGAGAGUUUCAGAAAAUAUGUUAA